GAAAAAUAAAGUUAUAAAAUGGCCACCCCAGGCCAUCAACAGUCAUCUGUCAAAAUGUUAAACAUUUAUAUUUAAAACAUAAAAUAUUUCGAAACAUGGCUUAUAAUGCAGCUGGAAGGACAGAACCUGAACAGCUCUAUUCUAAAUUUGCGUCUAUAUUCUGAAUUAGUGGUAACUUCCAGUGGCAGUGUGUCACACGGGCCAGGCGGUGCGGCAUGGAGGGCGGGGGGCGACAGUCGCGGCUGCUCGGCAGGCUGCUCGGCCGACUGCGCGGGGACCACCACAAAUACAAUCUAGAUAAGCGAUACUCUCUGACGUCCGUGAGUAGUCCCCUUUAUAAUCAAGUCGAAGUCCUGCAUCCUUACCAACACAAACGUGUCCGCAGCUCUCGACGAAAACUGACGGCUCACACGAACGUAUCGACCUCACCGAUCGACUUGAAAAGCGUGUAUUACGUACAUAUAAAGCCGUCAACUAACGAGGCCCUUCACGUGUCCAGCAUGAGCGAAAGCACUGGUUGUAGCACCAACAACGAGGACGAGGACUUGGAGCCGCAGGUCUGCAACAGAGCCUCCCCCAACGCCUCCAGUGCCAUCGAUGACGAUCAGUUCGCUGCCAACAUUGACUUGAGCGAUUUAUUUUCUAGAUAUGGCGGACAAUACUUAACACCGGAGCAACUGCCCGAGUUCUGUGACCAGCUUCAUCACCUGGUGGAGGUGAUACGAAACAUUCAGUCCUACGCCAAAGUUACCGGAGAAUAUCCAAGUGAACUAGAACGUCGUCUGGAACAAGAAGCUCGCGAGGUGUCAGCGUUAGCCGCGGAAGCGCGCAACGCACGCGACGUGGUGGUGCGCGCGCGCGCCCAGCGCCGGGCCGUGCGCGCGCACAGGAAACAUAUCGUGUCGCAUCUCGCCAACCUACGGGAGUCGGAGAUCCGUGAACUAGAAAGUACAGUACGCCUAUCAGAUAGAAAGUUGUUCAAGAGUUGGGAGGCGUUGAAGGAGGCUGCAGAAGCAGCGGCUUUUGAACCUUUGCUAGAUGAAAUUAAGAGUAAGCAGACAGCUCUGGAGUGCCUGGUCCGGCUGGUGGAAAGCCGUCGGUCUGCACUGAGCCGUGCCGCAGCGCCUUCUCCCACUCCUCUGCCGCCACCGGAGAAUCAUGAGAACGAUGACUCAGGCGCGACUGGUGCUUCGGGCGGUUCGGGCGGGCGUAAGCGGCACGAGGGCGCGCGGCGCGCGGGCGGCAAGCGCCGGCGCCGCGAGCCGCGCUCCGUGCCGCUGUCGGGCGAGCCCAGCCGCCACGCGCCGCCGCCGCAGGUGACUCUGUAUAUCCAGGGUACAGAGAGUACGUCGAGGUACAGAGUCGGCAGCGCUGGUGCCGUUGCCCUCACUCCACUGGAACUGCCUUCGGGAGGGAGCGUGAGGGAUAUACUGUUCUUCACUACUAACUGACUGUCUGUUGAAUUAAAUAUGUAUCGGAAUAACA